AUGCAGCGGGCGGCGCUGGGCGCGCUCGGGGGGGCGGCGCGGGCCUCCCCGGGCCGCUGGUUCAGCGCGGCCCCGCCGGCGCUCCGGGAGCUGCGGGAGCUGCGGGCGCGGACGGGACAGCCGGUGAUGCGCUGCCGAGAGGCGCUGGAGCGGGCGGGGGGCGACCUGCGGCAGGCCGAGGCCUGGCUCGAGGCCGAGUCGCGCCGCCGGGGCUGGGCCCGAGCCGCGGCCCCCGGGGCUCAGCGCCCACGGGAGGGGCUCGUGGGGGUCCUGAGCGAGGGCUCGGCCGCCGUCAUGGUGGAGGUGAACUGUGAGACGGAUUUCGUGGCGCGGACCCCCGACUUCCAGCAGCUUGUGGAGAUGGCGGCCAGAGGGGUCCUGGGGCACUGCCAGGGGGCCUCGGGCACGAAGCACCUGCUGCGAGAGGAUGAACUGGCCCAGCUGCGUGCGGGGGAUGGGGGAGAACUGCUGAGUGACCACCUGGCGCUGGCCAUGGGCCGCCUGGGCGAGCGCCUGGCCCUGCGCCGGGCCGGGUGGCUGCGGGCCCCCGGGGGCUUCGUGGCCACCUACGCUCACGGCUGGGUGCCCCCCGGGCCCCCCGUGGCCAUGGGCACCUACGGGGCGCUGGUGGCCUGCGGGGGGCCGGGCCCGGGGCCCCCCCCGGCCGAGCUGCAGGAGUUGGGGCGCAGGGUGGCCCAGCACGUGGUGGGAAUGGCGCCCACGGCCCUGGGGACCCCCGAGGACGAGCUGGGAGGGGACACGGAGACGCGGCUGCUGGCACAGGGGUCGCUCCUGGAGCCGGGGGUGCCCCUGGGCCGGUACCUGAGGGACAGGGGCGGGCUCCAGGUUUGGGAUUUCCUGCGCUUCCAGUGCGGGGAGGAGCCCCCCCAGGAGAGCCCCCCGGAGCCCUCUGCACCCCCAGCCUGAGGGAGGAGGCUCAGGGGGGUUCAGGCCCUGGCUGUGGGGACGCACGGACACGGACAGACGCGCAGACACCGUGCGCCCCGCCUGGGGCAGCGCCAGCCUCCCGCGCGCUCUGGGGGCAUGAGGCUGAAUAAAGGUGCAGAAGAACCGG